AUGGUAGGGCUUCUACGGAGCUUAAACCCCGUCUGUGGAUUUUUGCGGCAUUCACGGAGCCAAUGUCGGUUUUUGGGCUCAAAAGCACCAUUUGAUCUGGACUUAGACGCCCAAAAUGAUAAAUAUUCGGAGGUGAACAAUAUGUACACGAAACUGUUCACAGGAGAAAGUUCAGAAAGCACAACCCUAGUUUCAGAAGUUAACAAAACAGAUUCAAAUCUUUACGAAUCGGAAGUGGAUGAAUUUAAUGCAGAGCUCGCUGAAACUUACGAUUUUUCACCCAAAAUUCUUUCCGGGGAAGAGCUGGCUAAACUUGUCAAAACGCCAGGACGGUUUAUGAUUCAAAGUCUGUCCAAAAAUCCGUACUACAACCUGGCGGUUGAAGACUAUGUAUUCAAAAACACUCCUGUGGAAAAAAAUGGAUCCUUCUCUAAUGAGAGGCUCCUUUUUUAUGUCAAUGAUAAAUGCGCGGUCAUCGGCAAGAAUCAAACACCCUGGAAAGAACUAUUUCUGCAGAAUUGCAAGUCUCGGGGCUACCAGUAUGUACGGCGGCUCUCUGGGGGAGGAGCUGUCAUACACGAUCUCGGAAAUGUGAAUUAUUCCUACUUAACAUCUCGGAAUGCGUUCCGACGUGAAUACUUCAAUGAGCAAAUCGUGGCAUGGCUGACACAGGUCCGUCCAGAGACAAAUAUAAGUCUUAACGAACGUGGUGAUAUUCAACUAGAUGAUCUAAAAAUAAGCGGGAGUGCUUUCAAAAUUGCUGGCGGAAAAUCCUAUCACCACGGCACGAUGUUAGUGAAUGCCAACCUGGCUUCUUUCAAAGGUCUACUCAAGCCGGCUCAUAUCGAUGGUAUUUGUUGGUCGGGGGGCAGUGUUGAUAGCGUCAGAUCUCAUGUCAAGAACAUACAGGACGCAGGUUUUAAGAGUACAAACGAGUUUAUUGAUAUUUGUAUUAGAGGUUUCAGAUCCACUUUUCAAGAAGACGUCCCCGUUUAUUUGGUCGACGAGGUCAAUACUCAGACGGACAAUAUUAUGGAAACCACGGACCAGCUGGCCAGCAAUGAAUGGUUAUACGAUAGCGGGCCGAAAUUCACCGUCACUUUGGGUAGUUUUAAGUUCUCGGUAGAGAAAGGCCUGAUUGUAGACUCUUCGAUGCCUCAUAUGAAGGGCAAGCGAUUCAAGACUUUUGUUGACUCGUUGAAUAAUCAAGAAUUUGAAACUCUAAAGACAACGAUAUGA